AUGGUAAAAGAUGAUAGUUUAAUAGAAAAAGGUGUUUUUCUUUAUCCUAUUCAAAUCAGUUGGCAAACUGUUUUUGAACAAAAUAAUAGACGAUUCUAUAUGCAUAUUAUCGAAGGAAAUGAACUUAAUGAAAUGGAACUGGGAUAUAGAAGAAUCGGAAGUAAUAUAGAUAUGAUGGGAGCUGGUAUUGAAUAUAUGUCUUCUUUUUUUGGUGAAUUCAAAAAAAAACGUGCAUUAUUUGUACAAACAAUUGAAAAAGAUAAUUGUAAAGUUUCAAUAUACUCAUUAGAAUAUGAGACAAUUUUUAUUUUGGGAAAAACACCUGAUGAUGUUUGGAAAAAUAUUGGCUUGUAUAAAAAAUUUUGUGGAACACAAUUAUUUGGGCUCGAACAUUCAUUAACACAAAAAAUUAUAAGUGAUCAAAAUAUACUAAAUUGUACUCCAAGUGCAUGGAAUAAUGAAAUUUUAAUGAAUAAUUUCCUAAUUAUUGAAUUGCAAGAAAAGUUACGACAAUUAUAUCUAUCUCAAUAUGAAUUUAGUGAACAUGAAAUAUGUGCUUGGAAAACUAUGCAAAAGCAUGUGGAUUAUGAAUUUUGGUCACAUAGUUCUAUUUCUGAUAUAGAUCAAAAUACCUUACAACUUUUGUAUGAUAGUGGAUUUCUUCGUACUAUACCAAAUUAUAUAAUUGAUAUUAGUUCUAAAUUUUGGAAAUGUUUUCAAAAAUCUCUAAAUGAAAAUAAAAAUGGAAUAGAUGGAAAAAUUCAAAUCCUUUCAAUAAUUGUUUCUUCUAAAACAAUUGCUAAAGCUCGAGCUUAUUGUAAUAUUAAUGGUCCAGGGUGUUUAAUGUAUAACAAACCUACAAUUACAAGAGUUCGUAUUAGUGAAGAAAUAAACAAAUAUGGAUUACCGUUGAAAUAUCUCAAAGAUCAAAAAGAAACAUUAUGGCAAAAAUAUUUUGAAUUAUAUCCAAAUGGAAUAAAAAGAACUAUAUUUUUAACACGGUUAAGAGAUGGACCCUAUUGUUAUAAAAAUGAUCUAGGCGGCUUGUGUCUUACAUGUGCUGAAUAUAGUUAUAAUAUAUUUGAUGACUUGAAAGAGCUAAUUAAUAAAAGAAUUAUAUAUAAAAAUGAACAAAUUGCAUAUGCUAUCAAACAUUAUGUUCAGUUAGGCUAUAAUAUAAAUGAGAGAGAAAAUAUAGUAGAGGCAAUUAAGAAUAUUAAAGGCACAAGUGUUGCUAAUAUUCAACCAAAUAGAAAUUACAAGGGUAUCAAAAAACCCAAGCUCAGUGGAAUAUCAAAUUGGUUUGAGUUUAAGUGGCCCAUAGAAGAAGAACUUAUAGGUUUUAUUUGUGCACGAGCUUUACCUCACUUUGGUACUUGGAACAAUUUUUCACCUGCUGUUAUUAAUAAAUCAAGAGAUGAGAUCGAACAACUCUGCCCAGAUCCAACUAGAUUGUUGAUAUCAGAGAUCAAAAAAGAACUUGACCAAAGGAGUUUGGAAUAUGAUGCUAAAGAAAAUAGAGGAAACUUGAUUAAUCUGUUAAAGGCGAAUAUUCAACAAGAAACAUCAACUAUGAUAAAAGAGAUGAAUGAUACACACGAAUUAUAUAUAGUGGUUGAUGAUGAGGCUUUGAAAGAAAAUCAAAUAUAUAGAAAAAAAGGAGGAGGCAAAUGUAUGACAGAAACUGUAAAAGAAAUAUUAAAAAGCUUUUUUCAUGCUGGUGAUGAAGAUAAAAACAUACUUCAAGAUCUGCAACAAAGAGAGCAAAUGGGAGAGUUAGAGACCGAAGAAAUUCCACAGCUUAAAAUGAUUGAGAACUGGAUUAGCAGGUAUUCAUCAUUACAUAAAAAGAAGGUGGCAAAAAAAGCCAAAGCAACAGCUUCAAGUCAGCAAAGUGCCAAAUAA